UUCACGGACCUGGGGAAACAGGUUACCAAGAUGCGGUCCACCCUGCUCCAGAUCACACGCCUCUACCGGGAGCUGAGGAAGGGAGAAGGGGGGAGAAGGAGGAGGAAGAGGGCGAGGAGAACCAGGUCGCCUCCUGCACCACCGGCUCCCGGGCGAGGGGCGGCCGGAGGUCCGACGCCCCCCGAGCCUCCGGAGGCUUUGGAACCCACUGCCUACCCGUUCCCGGACCACGUCCCCGCGCUGAACCUUCUCUUGGGGGAGUUCAAAGGGUACCAACUGGGCAGCGAGCCCACCGCGCGCCUGCGGAACAACGUCACUUCGAAGCUGGGGAGAAUCAAAGCCUUCCUUGGUUACAUGGCCAGGGGCACCGCGGAGCCAGGGAACUUCCUUUUCCUCAACCAACCAGCCCGAAUCCGAGCGUGGGCCGCCCUGCUAGGUCAGACCCACAUGGCCGAGCCCACCAGGCAGCACUAUCUGAAGAACGUGGGUCAGUUCCUGGACUACCUCUCGGAGACGCCGCCGGCCGCCUGUCAGCUCUCCAGCACGGCUCUGGUUCUGAUUCGAAGGGAGGUCAGAGCCCUCAUUCGCGGCAUACGCCGGCGUGUCGUCGUGCACGAGGUAAGGACCAAGCAGGCGAAGGAAAGCCGACUGAUCCCCAAGGCCAGCCUGGUGCGCUGUCACCGGACCGCUGGGAGGAAAAUUCCUGCCCUGCUAGGUAAGCAAGCCCUUCCGCCGUUCCAGCAAUUCCCCCUGUUCGUUCUUCCGGGGCACCAAUAGCCCUUGGUUCAUCCAGCCACGUCUGUCUGCCCCUCUCCCCC